AUGGUUGAUGUCCAUUUGGUUGUGCUAGUUCAUGGGCUUUGGGGUAAUAAGACACAUUUUGAUUAUAUAAAUUCACAAAUUGAAGAAUUCAAAUCACAAAACAAACAAACCAAUGAUCAAGAAGAACUAGUUGUUUACAGAACACAGGGGAAUGAAGGUUAUAAAACACUUGAUGGGAUUGAUGUUUGUGGAUUAAGAGUUGCUCAUGAAAUUAUUGAACAAAUUAAUAUCAUUACAAAGAAGGUUGAUCAACAAGUUAACAAGAUUUCUAUUAUUGGUUAUUCUCUUGGUGGAUUAAUUUCAAGGUAUGCAGUUGGGAUCUUAUAUCAUCAAAAUUAUUUUAAAUUGAUUAAACCAAUAAAUUUUAUUACUUUUUGUACACCUCAUGUUGGUGUAUUAACACCUGGUUCAAAUAUAAGUGUUCGAUUUUUCAAUACUAUAGUUCCCAAAUUAAUUUCAUUAUCUGGUAAACAAAUGUUUUUAAAAGAUAAAUCAGGUUCAAAUGAACAUCCAUUAUUAUAUUCAAUGGCUCAACCAAAUUCUGUUUUUUUCAAAGCUUUAUCAGAAUUUAAAUAUUUAUCAUUAUAUGCAAAUACUAUAAAUGAUAGAAGAACUUCAUGGUGGACUGCAGGAAUAUCAAUAUGUGAUCCUUUUAUUAAUAUAGAUGAGAAUUCAAGUUUAAAUGAUUUGAACUAUAAUUAUAUUGAUGCAUAUGAACCAAUUAUAUUAGAUGCAAAUUCCAAGAUUAUUAUAUCAAAUAGAACAAUCAAUAAGGAAUUGAUUCCACCAACAACUGAGGAAAUUGUUCAAAAUUUUUGGAUAAGAAAAUCCAAAUGGAUUAUUGUCUUGUUUAAUAUGCUCAUAUUUGCACCUUUAUGGGUUAUUGGAUUUAUAAUUUCAGGUGUUAUGGAAUCAUUUAAAUCUCAUCGUCGUAUAAAUUUAACAUUAAGAGAAAAUUCCAAUUUUUUAAGUUCAAUAACAGAUUUGAUUAUUGAAGAGGAAGGUGAAGAUGAAGCCUCAGAAGAAGAUGAAGAUGAUGCUUUAAGUGAACUGGAUUUCAGAACACCAGCUGAAUCUAUUCAUUCAUUGGAUAAGAAUUUUAAUUUUCAAGAAUUUGAUUAUAAUGUUAAUAGUGCAUUACAUGAUCAAGCUGAUAAUUUAAUGGAAAGUGUUUGGGAUGCCAUGACAUCAAAAGAUCAAAUUAAAAGUGCACAAUUAUCCCUAGCUUAUGAUUUAAAACAUGAUAAAUCUGAUACUAAUAUUGAUGUGAUUUCAACUGAUGAUAAUGAUAAUGUCCCAGGUUUAAAAUCCACUAUAAAUGAAUUAUCAUAUUUUGAUAAAGAUUCAGAAUUUUAUAAAAUAGAUGCAUUAAAACCUUUCAUUAUAAAUUUAAACGAUGAUCAAUUAGAAAUUAUCAAAAAUUUAAAUUCAUUGAAAUGGUCAAAAUUCCCCUUAUUGAUUAGACAUACAAAGAGUACACAUUCUGCUUCAAUUGUUCGUGAUCUUAAUGAUAAGACUCUCUUUGAAGGGAAAGUUGUGAUUAAACAUUGGAUAGAAAAUGUCUUUAAGCUAGAAUGA